GAAUGGAAGCUAACAAACAACGAACAAACCUACAGCUUAAAAUAUAUCACUUUCUUCAUAUUAAAUUGGUUUAGAAAAUGGGACCGUGUUUUGUUAACUUGCAUACAUUAGUGGAAUCAAACUAGUCUCCAUUAAAUACCAUCUUUUUAGUUUAUGAGAACUUUUAACUCUAGAAUAUUUAAACUAGCCCAUACUUGUAGCUAGCUAGCUAAAUGUUUCGGUAUACUCAUCUUGUCAGUCAAGGAGAUGGAUGGUUAUCCCGGAGUCAGUGGUGGUGAUUCCACAAAACAACAAGAGAGACAUUACUACCUGUUAUCUGAACUACAGACUUUAGUCAAAGAUUUACCAAGCUCCUUCCAGCAGCGCCUCUCCUACAACACGCUGAGUGACCUGGCUUUAGCGCUCAUAGAUGGGACUGUGUAUGAAAUUGUGCAGGGGCUCCUGGAUAUUCAGCACCUGACUGAGAAAAAUCUAUACAACCAGAGGCAGAAGCUGCACUGUGAACACCAAGGACUAAAACAAGAUCUUACACGGAAGCACAAAGAUGCUCUGCAGUCAUGCAAGUCUCACAACCUUGCUCUCCUCAAAUCAAACCAACAAGCAGAACUAGAGGCUCUGGAAAUCCGUGUGAAAGAUGAACAAAGAAUGAUGGAUAAGAAGAUUGUAGCGGAAAUGGAUCAAAAAGUGAUAGACCAGCAAAACACCCUGGAGAAGGCUGGAGUCCCUGGGUUUUAUAUCACCACUAAUCCUCAGGAGCUGACAAUGCAGAUGAACCUCCUUGAAUUGAUACUCAAGCUUCAACAGAAGGAGACACAGUCUGGAGUCUUUUGAGAAAUUUUGCCAAAAGAGAAGAAAAAAACAUGCAAUGGCCACAGACUGCAUGCUCACAUUUCUGUAAUAGUGAGAUUCAAUGUGACAUUGUUUUCUUUAACAACAUGCUCCCCAAAUGUCUAUUGCUUGUGACAUUCACCAUCAAAACAUGCAGGAGAAGGCAGGUUUUUGUGCAUAAAGAAAGACAUCUCUAGUCCUGGAAGAGUGCAGUAGCAGGCUGUUGCAACAGAGAUAACAAAGCACUUAAAUGCCGUGUCACAUAUUGUGAAAAUAGGAAGUUGUGGGAAGACACACGGCAUGUUUAAGCAGAGUAAUGAAGCUUUCAGGCUCGCCAGAAAGUACGAGGUUGGAUGUGUUACUGAAGAACGCAGAGUUAUCUGUAGUUGGAUUUAGUGUGAGAUGGUGUCUCUGUAAAAGCCUCCUGAUGCAUGUGGAAAUGCUGGCACCAUUUUAUGGGGGAAAUUAGUAUUUUAUUGCUUAGUGUGUACACAGAGAUCCAACUCUGAGCAGCAGUCAUGCGCUGACAUCAGUAUUAAAGCUGAACUUUAUAACGUUCCACAUUUGCCAUGCUGUGAUGGUGAAAGUUGUUUUGGAGGGUUGUGUACAACCUGGUGAUGUAAAUCAGCCACCAGAAACAUGAAAAUAGGAGCAGCUUCUGUCAGCCUUGGAAUGUUGAUUUUACAUGUUAAAACAGAAGCAUGAUGUAAAAUAUGUCAGUUCCAGUUACUGACUUUUUUUGGAGCAGACAUUAUGGCCUUAUUUAUUUGAAAGGUAUUGGGAUACAUUUCCUACAUUGUUUUCUAUUUUGAUUUUUACAACUAUUGUUUAUAAUGUUUUU